AUGUUUCUGUCUCCGGAUCGCGACCUGUCGCCCGGAUCGCCCGAUCUCGGAGGACACACCCCAGCGGUCCCCGAUCGGCCUGGGUCUCCGCGCCAUCUAGGCCCAACCGGAUCGCCCACAAUCCCCACAGGAUCGCCAGAUCGACAGCCGACCAGACCCUCGUCUCCAUCCCGAGACUCGCCAUCUAGAUCGCCGGAUCGCGGGUGGUAUGCUCCUAUCGUCCCAGAUCAACAUGAGUCUCUCAGUAAUCCCAGAUCGGUCGGAUCACUCUCGACCGCCGCGAAAUUAUCAGAUCGUUCCUCCGAGCCAUUCCCGCUUCCCACUCCUCCGGCGGCCCCAGAUGCGUCCAGAUCCGACAUCCCGGCCGCUAAUGAAUCUCGUGAAAGGUCUGCUCCAGCUGUGGGCGUCACCGGCUUCGUUCCCAGAGUUUCUGCCGACGACGUUCGUCUCACGAUGGCCACGAUCUCGUAUUUGUGGGAUCGAGAGGCUACCUUCUGCAGCCAAGCCGACACCAUUCAUGCGCUCCAGCAAUCCUGCCGAUAUGCCGUCGUCCGGGGGGAUCGCUUGCAAGACGAGCUUGAUUCGCUGUACAGAUCAGCCGCUCCUUUUGUCUCCUUCGUCCAGCGUCGAUAUGACUGGAUGCAGGGCCGCUACGUCGACGCAGUGCAUUCUUUGAGUGAUUGCAAUCGAGCUCUGCGGACAUAUCGAGAUCAAUCGGAGGAGAUUCGUCGGCUACGCACUUUGAUAUGUGCCAACGACGAGGCUUAG